AUGCCCGUCAACGCUGUUAACGCCCGUCACUCAAUGGAAACAGACGGCCUUUCCCCACGGUAUGGUGACGGUGCCCGUCUGACGGACCCGUCUAUCCGUCUAAGACGGACACAAACCCUAGUAAGCCUAGCGCUUGCUAUGUUUGGUGUAGUGGUUGUUGUCACUGUGUUUUUCUCUUCGUGCGGUAGCGCGCUUAGCAGGUUAGGAGCACAUCACAUGUGUGAGACGGGGGGAGAGUUAGGACCGUUGCCUAUCUAUUCCAACGACUCUUUCAUUAGUCGCAUAAUUCCUAGAUCGGUGCCACCACCGCGUACCGCCGCAUCGCUGAAGAGACAUCUUUGCAAGAUCGAAGGCCUCUCAGCGCCCGAAAGCUGCACCUUGUACCUCUCUCUAUUGGAAAAUGUGCCGGUGGAUGGUGCGACUCACCUUUCUCUUCAAGGAGACUUUGGGCCAGGUUUGUCAUCAUCUGAUCCUGUGGCUCUUGUUGUUGGUCCCCAGGAAACUGGAAAGCGGUCUCUGGCAUCAGUUGAGACAAGGGCAUUGGGUCAAGUUGGGGAACAGGUUCAAACACGUUAUGUUCAUUAUCGCGUUUACGAUGAGAACAGUGAAGUCACCUCGAAAAUGUCCUUUGAUAAGGAUGAUACCUCACUAGGACACAUCGAGAUCCUAUCUGUUCCGCCCCCUCACACUGUCGCUUCUCUAAAGUCUUGCAUAAUUAAAUCUGAAGGGGUGUCGGCUCAUGACCUUCAAGUCUUUGAGGAUGACACAGGCGAAGUUACUCUGAAGGAUGACGAUGUAAUUGCCCUUCUUUCUAACACCUAUCCAGGUAAUGUGGAGGAGCAACCCAUAGCAAUUGUGUACAAGGAAAUUCGAACAUCAAAUCCUGCAACAUUCACAAAGAAGUUUAAAUGCAAGCACACUUCCACUUGGACUAGUGAUGAUCCCAACUGGCACUCACUGAAGUCUGGGGAGAUUUUCUAUACAGACGGGAUAUUGACGAGGAAGCUUUACAAGACGGGUGGUAGAGACCUGUACACUGUAGAAGCCGACUGCUAUAUAGCAAUAAAUACUGAGGGGAAAAAAGGGUGUGUUGACAAAUAUUGGGCACAGUUCUGUUGA